GAAGUGUUUCUGCCGGACCAUUGUAUUUGACGCACUUCCACUACCACAGACGGUUGACAGCUACACAGCGAAUACGCUCAAAAUGAACAAAAUACUCACUUAAACGCACCUUAAACUUUUUAGAUAUAAUUCCAUCACAUAAUAGCAUGAAGUAAAGUUGCUAUUGUUUUUUUUUCUUUUAUGGAAUAAAGCAGCAUUUUCUCUGCCGACACAAUGUCGUUCCUGGUUGACUCAGUCAUAAUGUUCACCUCACAGGUGCUGUUCUUUGGAUUUGGCUGGUUAUUCUUUAUGCGACAGCUUUUCAAAGACUAUGAGGUGCGACAGUACGUUGUUCAAGUAGUUUUCUCUGUGACUUUUGCCUUUUCUUGCACCAUGUUUGAACUCAUCAUCUUUGAGAUUUUAGGGGCGUUAAGUAGCAGUUCCAGGUAUUUCCACUGGAAACUGAACCUGUAUGUAAUCCUGCUGGUGCUGAUCUUUGUAGUGCCUUUCUACAUUGGGUACUUUGUUGUGAGCAACAUCCGCCUGUUGCACAGACAGAGGCUGCUUUUUGCUUGCAUGGUCUGGUUCACAUUUAUGUAUUUUUUCUGGAAGUUGGGAGAUCCUUUCCCCAUCCUCAGUCCAAAACAUGGCAUCCUGUCAAUAGAGCAGCUCAUCAGCCGUGUUGGUGUGAUUGGAGUCACUCUAAUGGCUCUGCUGUCUGGGUUUGGUGCUGUUAACUGUCCGUACACGUACAUGUCAUAUUUCCUCAGAAAUGUGACAGACAGUGACAUCCUCGCUCUGGAGAGACGUCUGCUCCAAACUAUGGACAUGAUCGUCAGCAAAAAGAAACGAAUUGCAAUGACACGGAGGCAGAUGUACCAGCGUGGAGAAGACCAGAACAGACAGACAGGAUUUUGGGGCAUGAUUAAAAGUGUAACCUCCACACAAACAGGCAGCGAAAACCUCUCCUUAAUCCAGCAGGAAGUCGAUGCUCUGGAAGAACUCAGUCGACAACUCUUUCUAGAGACUGUGGACCUGCAGGCCACCAAGGAGCGCAUUGAAUAUUCAAAAACAUUCCAGGGGAAAUACUUCAACUUCCUGGGAUACUUCUUUUCCAUCUACUGUGUUUGGAAAAUAUUCAUGGCAACGAUAAACAUCGUAUUUGACAGAGUCGGGAAAACUGAUCCGGUGACAAGAGGCAUCGAAAUAACCGUGAAUUAUUUGGGAAUCCAGUUUGAUGUUAAGUUUUGGUCUCAACACAUCUCCUUCAUCCUGGUGGGAAUAAUUAUCGUCACAUCUAUACGUGGUCUUCUCAUCACACUCACAAAGUUCUUCUAUGCCAUAUCGAGCAACAAAUCUUCAAAUGUCAUCGUGCUGGUCCUCGCUCAGAUAAUGGGCAUGUAUUUUGUAUCCUCGGUACUGCUGAUGCGCAUGAGCAUGCCACUGGAGUAUCGCUCCAUCGUGAGCGAGGUUCUGGGAGAGCUGCAGUUCAACUUCUAUCAUCGUUGGUUUGAUGUCAUCUUCCUGGUCAGCGCCUUGUCCAGCAUCCUCUUCCUCUAUCUGGCACACAAACAGGCACCAGAGAAACACAUGGCCCUCUGAUCUGAUCUGACCUGAACUGUCAACCCACGGGAGAGAUUUUUAAUCUGGAAUUAUGGGAAAUCCAGAUUUUUUUCUAUGUAUCUGGACUCUUCCUGAAUCAGGAAUAGCUGAUUGGUCGAUACAGGUGAUGUUGAACUGCUGGGGCACAUCAGGGAACUGUUUUGAAAGUGUGCUCCACUGGGAUCGUGGGACUUUCUGCCGAUAUCUUUUUGUCCUUCUUUAUUUAACCUGUAGGUCUGUCAUUUUCUGUCAGUUCUGUCUAGACGCACUGGAGCUAAGUCUUCACAGCACAACUCCGUUUCCCUCACACUGUCUUAAAUAUGUCAUCUUAAAACAACAAAAGUCAGUAAAUAACUCUUUAUUCAAAUACUCUGCAGUUUGUCCUGGUUAUUGUUACAGAAAUGAACAUUUAUUUUUAACUUAACAAACAGACAGACCAAGUUUCAUUGUUAAAUACUUUAAUAAAGCCAGCACUUAGAAAGAAA